ACUUCCACUUCAUCCGCACAGUGGAAGAGAGAGGCGCUCGCUUUGAUAUGCUGCACAUUAUGUGACUGUGCCCUGGCUCCAACCGCUGGAUUAAAUCACAGAAUCGGACAUCUAGAAGAUAAUCCCGACUGACAAGCUUGAGCAGCUGCCAUGGAUGACUUUGAACGUCGCAGAGAGCUCAGGAGACAGAAGCGCGAGGAGAUGCGCGCAGAAGUUGAAAGAGUAACCUAUGAAAGAAAUGACGAUGAUGAUGAGGAAGCUGCCAGAGAGAGGCGCCGGCGAGCUCGCCAAGAACGGCAACGGCUGCAAAGGGAUGAUGGAGAUGGGAAUGAGAUGAACUCUCAGAAUAGCAUUACAGUAGAAGAGAGCAGUACCAAGUCAAUAGCAAGCACAAACCUUUCAGCAGACACUGAGGCUGCAUCAUCGCUUGACAAGGCGGCCAAGCGAGAAGAGAGGCGCCAAAAACGUCAAAAAGAGACCUUAGAACGUCAGAUGGAAUUUGAUCCAACCAUAUCCAUAACGACCAAUGAAAGUUAUUCGAUUUCUAGAAGCACCAGGAAUGGAGAGAAUGAAGUCCAAGAGAAUGAUACUUCUCCAAAAGUGAAUGACUCAGAGCUUCAUCAAGAACAGCACAAAGCAGAAGAGACUGAAACAGUAGAGGAACUCACUGAGAAGAAUGAUAGAGAAGAGCAAGAGGAAGAAGUAGAAACAGAUCAAGUUGAGGUCAAGCAGGAAGUUCAGGAAGAGACGCCUGAGGAACCUCUUGUAGAGGAGAAUCAGGUAGAAAUGACUUUCCAAAUUAAAAAUGUGGAGGUAUCUAAGAAUGAGACGUUUGGGGAAGUAAGAAUAGAAGCAAUGGUGUCAAGAGAAGACAACAAGCAGGAGAAAAGAGAGGCAGAGUGUAGAGAAGCAGAAGAAAGGGAGAGGAUUGAGGCAGAGAAAAAGGCUGCUGAGGAAAGGGAAAGGAAAGAGGUGGAGGCUAAGCGGGAGGCAGAAGAAAGGGAAAGAGCUGAGGCAGAGAAAAAGGCUGCCGUGGAAAAGGAAAGGAUUGAAGAAGCCAGCAGGGAGGAAGAGGCAAGACUAGAGGUUGAGAGGAAAGCAGCUGCAGAACAGGAAAGGAUAGAGACAGAACAAAGAGAAAAACAAAGAGCCGAGGCAGAAGAGAGAGAGAGGAGGGCAGCUGAGAAAGCAGAGGAAGAGAGGAUAAAAGCAGAGCAAAAAAGAGCAGAGGAGGAAAGAAAGAAAAAAGAGGCAGAAGAAAAAAAGGCAGCAGAGGAAAAGAAAAAAGCAGAAGAGAAAAAGGCAGCUGAGGAGAAGGCUAGGUUAGAGGCCAAAAAGAAGGAGGAUGAGAAAAAAGAGAAAAGACCAGACAACAAACAGGUAAAAGACAAGAAGGUGGAGGAAAAGAUCCAGCCGGCCUUCCUAAAGAAGCAGGGAGAAGACAAAGAAAAUAAGUUUGAAGCUAAAAAGGACGAGAAAGUGCGAGCAGGCUUCAAAAAAGAUGAGGUUAAAGAUGAGAAAGGGAGAGGUGGGAAGGAAGAGUUAAAAUCCAGCUGGGAGCGAAAGAAAGGAUUUCCUGAAAGCAAAGCCCAGAACGGAGAAAGUUUACAUGAAGUUACACCACAGAAGCUCAAACAUUUGGACAAAUUUGGUGGAGUGAAAGGACAGCCGAGUGGCGAUGAGGCCGACUCUGGAGCAAAGGUGGAAACAGGAAAAAAAUUGGAUGACCUGCGUCGUCGUAGAGGUGAGACCGAAACCGGGGAGUUUGAUAAGCUAAAGCAGAAACAGCAGGAAUCUGCAGCGGGACUGGAGGAUCUAAAGAGAAAACGUGAGGAGAGGAAGAAGGCAAUGGAAGAGGAGGAGCAGAGAAAGAAACAGGAAGAGGCGGAGAGAAAAGCCAGAGAUGAGGAAGAAAAAAAGAGACAAAAGGAGGAAAGAGAGAGGAGAAGAGCAGAAGCUGCAGAGAAACGUCAGAAACAGGAAGAAGAGGGAGUAUCAGACGAAAAGAAACCAUUUAAGUGUUUUACCCCAAAAGGCUCAUCCUUUAAGAUUGAAGAACGGGCGGAAUUCUUAAACAGGUCAAGUCAGAAAAGUGUUAAGUCUGGGCAACCAGCUGUGGUGUCAAAGAUCGACAGUCGACUUGAGCAAUACACCAGUGCAAUCGGAAACAACAAAAGUGCCAAACCUGCCAAAGCUGCUCCGUCAGACCUGCCACUGCCAGCAGAAGGUGUUCGUAAUAUCAAAAGUAUGUGGGAGAAAGGCAACGUUUUCUCAUCCCCGGGGGGUGUAACGUCACCAAACAAGGAAACAGCUGGAUUAAAAGUGGGCGUUUCCAGUCGUAUUAAUGAAUGGCUAACUAAAACUCCAGAGACCAACAAGACGCCUUCAGCAAAGCCUGCAGAUUUAAGACCCGGCGACGUAUCUGGUAAAAGGAACAUCUGGGAGAAACAGCCGACAGAUAAGGCUUCCACACCCUCAAAGGUGACAGCUGGAGGGAAAAAGUCUGACACCAAUGGAUUAAGAUUUGAAAAGGAGCCAUAGGAAGCCUUCCAAAGCAACCAGACCAACUCAGAUAAAGUGCUAAACUGUCCUUUUUUAUAUUUAUGUUUACUUACCAAAAAUGUGUUUCUCAUUAUGCUGAAUACAACCAUGUAUAUUAGCAUUGUAUUUAAUGCCCACCCUCCUCAAACUGCUAGAAAUUCAGGAGACUACAGUACUGCCUUUGCACAAGUUCUUAAAGGAAUUGUCCAAUCAGCUGCAGAUUUAUCGAACUUCCAGCAAGUUCUCACCUUGAAACAAAAGGUUGUCCCCUGACUACAGUUUCCAUGGUACGAUUGGCAGAACACCUCUCCUACUUCCUCACUAUUUUGUGAUCGACUCGGGUGAAACGGGCAGUCAUAAAUCAGAAAUCUCUGUGAAUUGCACCAUUAAAACAUGUGACCCCUAUGCCAUAACAGUUUCCAUAUACAGCUUAGCCAGAAGCCUUUUCAAAUCUGUGACUAGCUGGAGAAUCCUUUUAAGAGAAGCAGCUGUGAAUCAAAUAUACUUCUACUGAUACUUCUUGCUUUCAUAUAUCACAAGGUCAUGAUUCAUCGAGAAAGGCAGUUCCCAUGAGACUAUGCACCAAUAGAAUUAUGCUGCACUUUAGAGUAGAACACAGUUUAAUAGUUUAUGCGUAACAACCAAUGUCUGGUAAGAUAUUACUGAUUAGCUCAAAUUAUAAUUUUUAUUAUUAUUUUGUUUUACUUUUAAAAACUACUUUAAAUAUCAACCUUUUCACUUUGUUACAGGUAAAGCCAAUUUUUUUUGGUCCGUAUUAGUCAACUUUUUGGUACUUUUAUGGUUGACCGUAUAGUGUUAUAGUCCAACAACUGCAGUUUUAAACACACAUAGCUUUUAAACCUUACAGCACUAUUAAACGCAAAACGCUUUUUAUAUGUGCUAGAAUAUACAGUAUUUAGAGAUUUUCUUUUCUUUUUUCUUUUCUUUUUUUUUUUAACAUAAUAGCCAUUAUCACUGCUUUUGUUAAUUCACUCUAGCUUAGGAAAAUUUUGUCAUUCACAGAAUAAAAAACCAAAAAAAUGUAAGCCCAAAUUAUCAGUAUAAAAUGGUAUAAAAGUAAUUCUUAAGGCCCAAUUGAACCUUCAGUUCAAAUUAGCUAAAUACAUUUUGGGUGCAUGGAAAUAAAAGGGGUGCAGCGUGUUUUCUUUUGAAGGUAGCCACAGCAUGAAUAGAAAAGCCUGCCCCUGCCAGCAUGCUGUAAAGAAAGAAUUUGCCUUCUGGGUGAAAGCA